CAGGAAAGGAGAAACAGAACAAGUGAGGAAUCCGUUUCAAAGGCCAAUUUCGGCUACCACUACUAUUACUAAUACUACCAACACAGCAACCCAAGUCCCAUGGGAAGGCAGAGAAGAUGGAAGACAGUCUCAACCUGGGAGGACAAAGAUGGAAGGAACAUCAAAUAUGUACAGAAAGGGAGUAUGUGGAGGCUUGAGAAAUGACAUGGGAAAGGAGGGCACUAGUCUUAUAGGAAGGAGGAAUGGAGACAAACGUCACCGUAGGGAAACAGGCAACAGUUGGGGAGGAGGUAGGGAGACCUAUGGAGGAAAAGGCAAAGGUUAUUCUGUCAGUGGACAUAACGGAAGAGGAGGAAUGGAGAACGGUAAAGAAACAACUGAGUGGAGUGGUUAUGAUGAAGAAGGGACAGGAUGUGAUAAUGGAGAUGAUGGAAACUUUGGAAAAGGGGAACGGGGAGGUGGCUAUUGGAAAGGAAGACUGACAGAUGGAGGUCAAAAGGGUCAUGUGGAAGAGGAGGAGGAGGAGGUGGAGAAGCACGUAGGUCACCCUUUGUCUGACCAGCAUAUACUGUACAACGAUCUCUUCAAAAAUUACAACAGGCAUAGCAGACCCAUCCUCUCCCACGAUGACGUCAUCAAAGUUCAGUUUGAGAUCGCCCUCUUCAAUGUGCUCAGUCUGGACUCGAAGAAUGGUGUCAUGAUUACGAACUCCGAACUGAUCAUGAAAUGGAAUGAUCCCUACUUGAGAUGGGACCCCGGGUACUACAACGGCACGACCAGCCUCAGGGUACCGUAUGAGAACGUCUGGCGCCCUGAUAUCAUCCUGUAUAAUACAGCCGACGCAAACUACGAAAGCUCUCUCAUCCACACCAACGUCAUAAUAGAGCACACAGGCAACUGCAAGCUGAUCUCUCACGCUGUGUUCACGUCCGUUUGCAACAUCGACAUCCAGUGGUUUCCCUUCGACCAGCAGACGUGCCCUAUGAUCUUCGCCUCUUGGACCGCUGACGUCACACAGAUGGUCCUGGUUCAAGGUUCGUCUGAUAUCACCCGCUAUUCUCCAAACCACGAGUUCUUCAUGGAAAACUUCUACUCGAAAGCCUAUGAAGACUUCAACCCCUGUUGCGAUAAACCGUUCUCGAUGAUCAGCAUCCACAUUCAGCUUCAGCGUCGAGUAAAAUUCGCCCUGUUCUUCUUCAUAGUACCUGGGGUUCUCAUCAACGUGUGUGCUCUGCUGGUGUUCUCUCUGCCGGCCGAGACGGGCGAGAAAAUGGGGUUGGGGGUGAACGCCUUACUCGCCAUGAUCGUCUUCCUGAUGGCCAUGACGGAAAACCUGCCCCCUACGGAAACGUUGCCGCUAGCAGGAAUCUACUACGGAGUAUGUCUAGUGGUGGUCACCUUCAACAUCGCCUUCUCUGUCUACGUCCUCAAUCUGUCGUAUUCGGGAGACAGAGGGUAUGAGGUGCCCAUGUGGAUGAGGAUUGUCACUUUAUUCUCGGCAAAGGUCGUCUUCAUGAAGGUACCCAGAUUCAUCGAGGAACUUUGGGAUUUGGACGAGAACCAGAAGAUCAGCAAGGACAGGGUGCGACCAUUCACGGGCAACUUUGACCCGACGAAUAAUGACCGUGGCGCCAUCAACCGGAGCCCUGCAAAUGUCAACGCUGGUGAUUCUGACGUCAUCAAAGCAAUUGCCCACUGUCAGGGCGCAGGCGACCGACCGACCAGCACCAACAACACCAACAUCACCGCCAACACCACCUCGGCGGAACACAAGCUCUUCGACGUCCUCUUUUCCGACUACAACAAGCACAUCCGGCCCAUCAGGAGACACGGAGACAUCACCUACGUGUUCUUCGAGCUGUCCCUUUUCGAUGUCUUGAUGUUGGACACCAAGAACCAAUACAUACGAACGAACACGGAGAUCAUCAUGAAAUGGAAGGACGCCUAUCUCUCCUGGGAUCCAGCAGAUUACGAAGAUACGCGAGUCAUACGAGUUCCUUACAAGAGCAUCUGGUACCCUGACGUCAUUAUGAUGAACACUAAUGACGCUGACUACGACGGGCUAAUCCUGAACAGCAACGCCAUUGUGUUCCACACGGGAGAGGUGGAGCUGGUCAGCCACGGGAUCUUCGAUGCCAUCUGCUCUUUGGACAUCCAAUACUACCCUUUCGACCAACAACUCUGUCAUCUGACGUUCUCGUCCUGGACUUAUGACAAAACUGAGAUCAUCUUGCUACCUGGUCCAGCUGAUCUGUCGAAAUUCACUCAGAACCCAAUGUUUUUCUUGGAGGAUUUCUACAACGAGUACAUGGAGGUCCGCAACCCAUGCUGCAAAUAUCCGAUGUCGACAAUUGUUUUCUACAUUCAAGUUCAGCGCCGUACGAUCUUCUCCCUCUUCUUCUUCAUCAUGCCAGGAAUCCUGAUCAAUAUUUGCUCUCUCAUGGUGUUCUCCCUUCCGUCGGAGACCGGCGAGAAGGUUGGCCUAGGGAUCAACUCGAUGCUGGCCAUGAUGGUGUUCCUAAUGGCCAUGACGGAGAAACUACCCCCGACGGAGAAGCUUCCGCUGGCAGGUGUCUACUACGGAGCUUGCAUUACCAUGAUUGCCCUGAACAUCACCUUCUCGGUGGGCGUCCUGAAUCUCAACGUCAUGGGCAUGAGGGGAUACAAGGUUCCACAAAAUGUGAAAAUCUUCAUUUUAUUCGUGGCUAAAAUGUUCGUCGUGAAAAUUCCGACCGUCGUGAGGGAAAGAUGGCGUCUAGACAAGGGGGGAGAGGGCGUCACUCAGACGAAGGUGGAGCCGUUUGAGGAAGUAAGGGACACAGACGGUAGUUUGGUGAAGGUGUUCACGGUGAAGCCCCCUACUCCUCCUCCUCCUCCUCCUUCUCCUCCUAAUCCUCGGAAGUUCUUCGAGGAGGAGGAAGACUUCCAGUACGACUCUCUUCAAGACCCCUUCCAGAAAAGGGCCCUGAUGGCCCUGGAAACCAUGAGCAAAGUCCUGACGAGGAAGGCGAAGGCGUCGCUGGAGCAUCAGGAAGCGAAAGACCUGAUAGAGGAGUGGAAGUUCAUCUCCCGCGUGAUGGACAGGACCCUUUUCGUCACAUUCACCCUCACCUGCCUCCUCUUCAACGUCAUCAUCCUGACUUCGUCGCCCUUCAGGGAGAAAUUCGAUUACUGCCCGCUGGAGGAAGGGAUGUGUGACGACAUGACCUUCGACGAGAUCAAACAGAUCACGCUGCUCAGUGCCACCAAAGCUCACGUCACCGGCGAUGACGUUGGCCAAGGAGGUUAUAGUUGGUCCUAAAAACUAGACCUAUAAAGAGUUGUAAAAAAAAAAAAAAAAAAAUGUUUUGUUAUCGCAGUUUUCAAUAAUAGAAACUUUUCAUCAUAAUGUAAUAGACCAGAAUCUGUCUGAAAUGUGAAGGAUGAGGCGAAAGUGUAGCAGGUCA